CUCUCUCUCACCAUGUACCCAAUCUCCGCUCUCUUCACCCGCCACUCUUUUUCCAAGCCCAUCUCUCGCGUCCACCCUAAGUUCUUCUCCACAAUCUCUUCACCAAUUGAAUACUCUCUUUCUCACCCCAUUUACACCAUCUGGGCUUCUAACACCGGCCUCGGUAAAACCCUAAUCUCUGCCGGCCUAGCCAUCUCCUUCCUAUCUCCGCAUUCCCCUCAUUUUCUCUCCUCAACCACACCCUCCAAAUUCAUCUACCUCAAACCAGUCCAAACUGGGUUCCCCAUUGAAUCCGAUUCUCGUUUUGUUUACCGCAAAUUUUCCCAGCUUUUUCUCCGGAAUCCACCCCAAUUCUCCGUUCUUGCUUCGAAUCAUGUGCUUCAAACAUCCAUUCCGGCUUCAGAAGCCGUUUUGGGAAGUGGUUUUGGGAUGGCAAGUGAAAACAGUGAUAAUUCGGGAGCUGGGUCUUUGAGAUUUGGGUUGGACAAUGAAAAGGUUGGAAAAUUAGGACGUGGGUUCAUGGAAUUUGGGUUGGAAAGUGAAAAGGUUGGGAAAUUUAAAAAUGGGUUCCACAAUUUGGGGUGGUUUGAGGAAAGAAAAUUGCAUGCCGAGGGUGGUGAUGGAGUGGUGAAGGAGUUGAUCUGUAAGACAACAUAUGGAUGGAAACAGGCAUUGUCGCCGCAUUUGGCAGCAGAGAAGGAAGCAGCAGUUGUUGGGGAUUCGGAGUUGUUGGGGAUGUUGAAGAAUUGUUUGGGGAUUGGUUUGGAAAGUGGGGUUGAACAGGUUCAGGGAGAGGAAGUGGGUGUUUUGACUGUGAUUGAGACUGCAGGUGGUGUUGCCAGUCCGGGACCAUCCGGUACCCUUCAAUGUGAUUUGUAUCGUCCCUUCCGGUUACCUGCUGUUCUUGUAGGGGAUGGACGACUAGGUGGUAUUUCUGGAACCAUUUCAGCUUAUGAGAGUUUAAAACUAAGGGGUUAUGAUGUUGUUGCUGUUGUUCUUCAAGAUCAUGGCCUUGCAAAUGAGAUGCCAUUAUUUUCUUAUCUACAAAAUAGAGUUCCUGUGCUUGUAUUUCCGCCUGUUCCACAAGAUAUGUCGGACAAUCUAGUGCAAUGGUUUGAAGACUCUCGGAGUGUCUUUAAUUUUCUCAAGGAAAUCAUGCUAUCAACAUUUUUAGAAAGGGUGCAAAGAUUACUUGACAUGCCAAAGAAGGCACGAGAUAUUUUAUGGUGGCCGUUUACUCAGCACAAACUUGUACCCGAAGAAAAUGUUACAGUAAUAGAUUCACGUUGUGGCGAAAAUUUUGCAGUUCACAAGGUCCAAAAUUAUGGUUUAAUUUCUCAACAAUUUGAUGCUUGUGCAAGUUGGUGGACACAAGGACCUGAUGCUACUUUACAGAUUGAACUCGCUAGAGAUAUGGGUUAUGCUGCUGCAAGAUUCGGGCAUGUAAUGUUCCCUGAGAAUGUUUAUGAGCCGGCUCUAGAAUGUGCAGAACUUUUGCUUGAUGGAGUGGGGAAAGGAUGGGCUUCUCGAACAUUUUUCUCAGAUAAUGGAUCCACGGCAAUUGAAAUUGCUUUGAAGAUGGCAUUUCGCAAAUUUGUGUUUGAUCAUGGGAUUGUUUGGGAUCAUCUGAAGUCUAACACUGCUCAAAGUUGUAUUGAGUUUAAGGUCUUAGCUCUUAGAGGAUCUUAUCAUGGUGAUACUUUGGGUGCUAUGGAAGCACAGGCACCAUCAUCUUAUACUGGCUUUUUCCAGCAUCCAUGGUAUGGGUACACAGGAAGAGGUUUUUUUCUAGAUCCCCCAUCUGUUUUCAUGUGCAAUGGCAUUUGGAAACUUUGCCUUCCUCAACGGAUGCGUGCUGAAGAACUGAAUGUUGAAGAUAUGUCCUUUAUCAGGCGUGAUGAAGUGUUUAAAACAAGUAGGGAUGGUUCAAGUCUUGCUGCUAGCUAUACGUCAUACAUAACAGAAGAGCUUUUGCAACAAGCGGGAUUAAGAAGCUCUACUCAUAUUGGGGCAUUGAUUAUAGAACCAGGACAAUCACCGGUACUUUCCUCUUUGCAUAGAGCAUUGAUAGGACGGAUUGUUGAUGAACCCACUUACUUAAACCUCACUCAAAGCCAACAAAUGCAAAAAUCUCUAUGCGAAGAAUAA